CUGUUGCCAAAGAGCAAACAUAUGUGCAUACUGUUUACAACGAAAUCGCAUCACACUUCUCACAAACUAGAUAUAAAGUAUGUUCAAAUGAAACUCGACUUUCAACAAUUACAUGUAACUAAUCUUUUAAAGCCAUGGCCUAUAGUGGAAAAAUUUCUCACAGAAAGAAUCCCUGGAAGUAUAGGGAUUGAUGUUGGUUGUGGGAAUGGUAAAUACUUGGGUGUCAAUAAAAAUGUGGUGAUGAUAGGAAGUGAUAGAUCUGAUGGUUUGAUAUCAUGUGCCAAAGACUUAGGUCACGAAGUUAUGGUAAGUGAUGGGCUUUCGCUUCCUCAUCCAGAUAAUAGAUUUGAUUUUGCUAUAAGUAUUGCUGUCAUUCAUCAUUUCUCAACUCCGGAAAGACGUACACAAGCUAUAAAGCAUAUAUUAUCCAAGCUUAAGAAAGGCGGUGAGGCACUCAUUUAUGUUUGGGCCUUGGAGCAAGAAAAUUCAAGAAGAGGAUAUAAAGAAGGUGAUCCACAAGAUGUUUUAGUUCCAUGGGUUCUUCAAAAGAAAC